AUGGCUGAAUUAUUUACAAAUUUAACUGAAUUACCACCUGAUCCAUUAUUUGGUUUAAAAGCAAGAUUUUCACAAGAUUCUCGUUCAGAUAAAGUUGAUUUAGGUAUUGGAGCUUAUAGAGAUAAUAAUGGUAAACCUUGGAUAUUACCAGCUGUUAAACAAGCUGAAAAAAAAUUAAUUGAAGAUCCAAAUUAUAAUCAUGAAUAUUUAUCAAUAAGUGGAUAUGAACCAUUUUUUAAAUCAGCAGCAAAAGUUUUAUUAGGUGAUGAUUCCAUAGCUAUAAAAGAAGAUAGAAUUAUAAGUCAACAAACUUUAUCAGGAACUGGUGCAUUACAUUUAGCUGGUGUGUUUUUAAAAAAAUUUUAUCAAAAAUCAAAAGAUAUAUAUAUUUCACAACCAACAUGGGCAAAUCAUAAACAAGUUUUUGAAACUUUAGGUUUAAAUGUUAAAAGUUAUCCAUAUUGGGAUAAUUCAACAAAAUCAUUAGAUUUAAAAGGAUUUUUAAAUACUAUAAAUACAGCAGAAGAUGGAUCAAUUUUUCUUUUACAUGCAUGUGCACAUAAUCCAACAGGUUUAGAUCCAACUGAAAAUCAAUGGGAUGAAAUUUUAAAAGCUUUAGAGGCUAAAAAACAUAUAAUAUUAUUUGAUUCUGCAUAUCAAGGUUUUGCAAGUGGUGAUUUAGAAAAAGAUGCUUAUCCUAUUAGAAAAGCUAUAAAUGAAAAAAUUAUAACUUCACCAAUUAUAAUUUGUCAAUCAUUUGCUAAAAAUGUUGGUAUGUAUGGUGAAAGAGUUGGAGCAAUUCAUGUUAUAUUACCUACUCAUGAUAAAAAUUUAAAUAACGCAAUAAAAUCACAAUUAAAUUUAAUUAUAAGAUGUGAAAUUUCAAAUCCUCCAGCUUAUGGUUCUAAAAUAGUUAGUGCAAUAUUAAAUGAUCCUUCAUUAUAUUCACAAUGGAGAAAAGAUUUAAUUACAAUGUCAAGUAGAAUUAAAAAAAUGAGAAAAGAAUUAAGAAAUAAAUUAGAAGAAUUAGGUACACCUGGAAAAUGGAAUCAUAUAACUGAUCAAACUGGUAUGUUUUCAUUUACUGGUUUAACACCAGAACAAGUUUCAAGAUUAGAAAAAGAACAUGGUGUUUAUUUGGUUAGUAGUGGAAGAGCUUCAGUUGCUGGAUUAAAUGAACAUAAUAUUGAUAAAGUAGCUCAUGCAAUUGAUGAAGUUGUUAGAAAUGUUAAAUCAAAACUUUAA